AUGGUCGCCAUCACUGCUAAAUCUGAAGCAGCUUCUGCUACUUCGCCCAUCCCUACCACCAAUACUACCCUCAACGGGGUAGAUGGUCCAAAAGAGAAAGAAAAAGACCAUCAACCCCAGAACAAAGAGGAGGAAGGAACAGCAGCAGCAGAAGAGAAAGUAACCAAAGCAUACAACUCCUCCAACGGCGUCACCAGCCAACUCUGUACCUGGAUCGCCUCCCUCCAACUAGAAGAUAUCCCAGACUCCGUCCGCACCCGCGCCAAGUACCUUUUCCUUGAUGGCAUCGCCUGCGCACUCGUUGGUGCACGUGUCCCAUGGUCGCAGAAGGCUUUUGAUGCGAUGGCUGUCUUCGAGGAGAAGGGGAAGCAUGUGGUUAUUGGGUAUGAAGAGCGCCUCGGUGCCAUCGCAGCCGCAACCCUCAACGGCUCCUGGAUCCAAGCCUGCGAAGUAGACGACUACCACAGCGUGGCGCCCCUGCAUUCACAAGCUGUGGUAAUACCCCCUCUCUUCGCUGCCGCCGUCAGUGCGCGGAACCAUCCGACCGCACCGCGCAUCAUCGACGGGCGAACACUUCUUCUCGCCUCGGUGGUAGGGUUCGAGGUUGGUCCGCGCGUGGGCAUGGCGCUGCACGGCACCGAGAUGCUCGCAAAGGGAUGGCACUGCGGGUCUGUAUUUGGUGGGCCCGCAGCCGCAGGCAGUUCCGCAAAGCUACUCGGUUUAUCGGCGGGUCAAAUUGAAGAUGCAAUUGGAGUAGCAGCGACACAAGCAUGCGGGCUCAUGGCGGCGCAGUACGACGGGAUGGUAAAGCGGAUGCAUCAUGGGUUCGCGGCAAGGAAUGGACUGUUGGGCACGAUGUUAGCGUGGGGAGGAUACGAAGGGAUCAAGAAGGUGUUUGAGCGGCCGUAUGGAGGAUUUCUGGCAAUGUUUGGCCUCGGGUCGAAGCAUACGCCUAGUUCGAAGCCGGAGGAAGUGGCGAAGGAUUUGGGGACGUUUUGGCAUACGGCAGAGUGGAUUCGGUUGAAGUUGCAUGCGUGCUGUGGGGGGAUUCAUGGCACGAUUGAGUGUUUGGCGGAGAUGCAGGAGAUGUAUCCGGAGCGUUUUGGACGGGAGAAAUUGGGAGAGAUCAAGGAGAUUCAUAUCCAGUUGAGUGAUGCUGUGUUUCAUCAUUGUGGGUGGGCGCCGGAGACGAGGCCGUUGACCCCGACGGGGGCGCAGAUGAAUACGGCGUUUGUGGCGGCGUCGCAGCUGGUGGAUGGACAGGUGUUGUUGGAGCAGUUUUCGUCGGGAAAGUUGGAUCGGGAUGAGGUUUGGGAGUUGAUUGGGAAGACGAGUUGUGUGCAUACGGCGGAGUUGGACAAGCCGAAUAUUGGGUGUGGUGCGUUGAUUUCGACCACAUUUGCGGAUGGCACUCAGGUUCAGCAUUCGUUGUUGAAGCCGAAGGGGGUGGAUGAACCCAUUUCGAAUGAGGAGAUCUUGGAGAAGUUUCGUCGGUUGACGGGCGGGUUGAUUGGGGUGGAGAGGCAGGAGAAGAUUGAAAAGGCUGUGCUGGGGAUGGAGGAGUUGCAGGAUGUGGAUGAGUUGAUUGAGUUGCUGAGCGUGAAUGUGGUCAAUCCGUUGCAGUAG